GGCUGGCCGCCCCCGGCCCCACGUACGUACGUACGUACGGACACACGGCUGCUGGAUUGUGGUUGCUUCUAAAGAAAAUGAUGCACGGUUCCGAACAUGACUUGACCAAUUUUGGUCAAUAAGCAUGUACGUACGGGCUUAAAUGUGCCAAGGAAGUGGUGCCCGUCAUUUCUGCCGUGCUGCAUGAUCUGAUGUAAGGCCUACUCCCAGAAUGCAGGAAAUUCCCUGUCAUGGUAAUUCCAUUCCAACUGACAAGUUCUAAGUACAUAGUACGCCACAUACGCACUGGAAGUCGCAUCAGGUUGAGAGGGUUCGUCGCGACUCCACUCCGGGAUUUCACUGUAGGCCUUGCUCGUCAAUGUUGAUGUUGAUCUGGUUGCACAGCUAGCUUUGUGUAACUCUAAUUGCUCCAUGAUGGCUACAGUGGAGAAAAGGCCAACAUUUAGCCCUUCUACAAGUUCUGCAUACUUAGUGACCUUAACAUUGUUAGAAAUGUUACUGUUUUCGCCAACUGUAUUAAGCGAUUGUGAUCAACCAUGCUCCCCGAGCUUUCCCAUGGCAAAUCAGUGUCAAAGUGUUGCGCCAGAUUCGCAUUGUGGAUACAUACAUGAAACAAGUACAACGCCGUCAGCGCCGACUAACCUCAGGUUUAGGGAUUUCUCCUACACUUUUGGAAACAAGACAACCCUAGGCCUCAACAUAACAUGGCAGCUCCCAGAGAAUUAUACUGGACUGAGGGGUUUCUUUGUGCACGUUAUGAAAACCAGCUAUCCAGUUGGUUCCCAGCACUGCAAAAAAGUCGCCUUCCCUGAAUUGACGACGGCUCUGCAACGUCCAUCUGAGGUGAGCUUUUCCAUGGAUUGUCUCCAUAAUGUCAAUGUGGACGGGAAGUAUGACAUCACAGUGACAUCGUUAGACUCUGGAAUGUCAGUCAAAAAGUCACACCACACUCAAAACUGCUAUGAGAGACCUGAAGUGGAAGGUUGCCUUGUUGUCCGAGACUGCGUUAAGGAUGGUUGCCGUGGGGGUGUUCCAUCAUCCGAUGAUUGGAUACCUCCACAUCCGAAGGCACACGCAGUUUAUGAGGAUCACAUGUGGAAAGUGAGAGUGGAGUUUUAUGUCUAUCCUGGAAACUUUUGGUUGACAUAUCGUGUCAACUUGUACGUGUACUCUAAUCAUUUGGGUACGUUUACUCCUAUAUUCUCACACCUUGUCGACUCGAAUGGCUCGUCUGGGCCUAUUUUUCAUGAGUUUUGGAACGUGACGCCUGGAAAGAUAUCAAGCGAAGGUGAGUGAUACAUUUCUUUCAAGGUUUUCAUCUUAGGUCCGCAUGGUAGAGAUCUCG